UCAACUUUAGAACAAGAGUUGCAGGGGUAGGCACCAUUGUCCUUGGCACAGUAAACUAUAGCCCUUGGGUUGGAGUUGGGCAGAACGAUAAAAAUUGUGGAAAGUGUUAUAUUAUAUUAUGGUAAACAAUGGUUAGGGUAUUGGCCAAAUUCGUACCAGCUAAAUGUUGUUCUCGUCUUCAAAGUCAAGUACCACUAAUACCCGCCACUUUAAUCGAUCAACAGUGAGCGAUUGUUAUUAAAGCUGGUAAAUAACAACCCAAUCCACCAAUUUAAUUCAAUAGCUCUGUUAAAUAUGAACCUAAUCCAAAUAUAUAAAUUCAUUGGGAUCAAAUGCAAUAGAUUUGUGGAUUUCUACACGUAUUUCUAGUUUGUAUAUUUUAUUUUAUUUACUAAUACUAAAUUUUUUGAUUUUUUACCAAAAAAAAUCCAUUAUUCAUCCAUAAAUUCCAUUAACCUAAUUUGAUUCGUUAAAUGGAGGAGUGUGGCCCAUUUGUAUCCAUUUUAACUAAUUGAGGAGUAGAAAUCUGAAACAUUCAAUCGCAUAGAUUUCUCCUUGCCCAACUUUGUUACGAAAGUCAAAAUCUAUUCCUCCCUAAACAAAGUCAUAAUGUUGUCUUGAAUUGGAAGAAGUUGGGCGCACAUGCCAUUGAAGAUAACACUCAAAAUUGAUGUCAAAAUGAAGAUAUGGCCUUCAAUAACAUUGGCCAUUACGGAAUUGGAUAAAAGCAACAAUAUUGAGGUGUUCUAGUUAGAAGGAAAACAGUCGUACUAAAACGCAAGUGCUGUGAAACCAUACCGAAUAUCAUACUUGGAAAAUCAGUGAUCGAAGUAUUGUACUUAAAUUAUGGAUUUCUACCGUUGUCCAACAGUUUACUAUCGUUAAAAUCACUUACGGUUUAUGAUCUGGCAUUUCCAAUAUGACCGAAUGGUAGAGUACAGUUCCUAAAACAUUGAGGAGACACAUAGAAUUUACCAAUCGAUGACGUCUUUGUUGAAAAGAAAACAAAAAAAAAAAUCGGUUCGCCUUCGGUUGGGCUUUUGCCUUCUGCGUUGUGGGCUAGUUUUUUUUUUUUUGGUGCGAAAAUAAAAAAUCAAUGUAUGGCGCGCUGGGCCUAACACCCAGAGGAAACCUCUGUUUGUGGAGGAUUGUUGCCGCAACAGCUGAAGGGAUUCUCUGCUCGUCUCCGAUCGACAGUAUCCCGGCCGGGAUUUUCAGCUUUUCAUAUACAGGUAACGACGUCGAAAGAGUAACCGCAAGUCCCUAAACCUAAUUUUAUGUAGCGGCUAAUUCCUCUCUCCUUUCAGCCGUUCCCUACUCUUUCCAGUGUAGUUGCAGACCGGGACAAGAUCAUUACCCUUUGAAAUCGUCACCGUUUACUGCUUGUGGUUUCAAGUUUUUUUCUGGUAAGGACGAAGGACUAUUCAUCGUCUACUCCUUUCAACCGCAAGAAAAACUGAAUAGAGAGAUUAGGCUAUUUUGGAAGGCUGCAACUUGGAAUAGUUUACUGCAUUCUGUAUUUAGAACCAUUUGUAUUUUCUAGUUUCUUUCAUGGCCUAUUCAAACUUAGAGAGAUGAGCUAUGGUUGGUUGUGUCCGGCAUUUCUAAUUGGCUUUAAAGCUUCCUGAACUGGUUCUAGGACGGGGACACUAUUUGUUCACUGUUGCAUUGUUGCUUACGGCUUGUUUUGUUGUUCUUCCUUUUUGUUGGUUCUGCAAUCAUUGUUUAUUGCAAGUGUUUCAGUUUAGCACUCUGAUAUUUCUGUUUCCUUACUGUGGUUAAAUUGGAUCUCCCUAUAGUCUCUUAGUUUGAAACUUCGUUUUCUAUCAUUUGUUGUUUUCAGAUUUAUCUUCAUCUUGACUGUUUGUAGCAAGAUGGGUUUGGAAGAAGAAGCUGGUGGCUCUGCAAAGAUUUUGCCUCCUACGGAACAGGUAUUUAUGAAUCCCUAAUGUCACUUCCUAGGAAAACAUGUCCUAGCAAUACAAAUCUGGUAAAGCCCAUAAUUAGUCCCAAGGAUGGUUCUCAUGUCAUACCUAGACAUUUGAAUCUGAUUUUUCAAGUUCAUAAUUUUCAGAUAUUACUUAGCUUAUCCAAUAUUUUCCUACCUCCGUUCUGUGAAAUAUUGCCAGAAUUUGGUACUGAGGUUUUGAACAUGUGAUCUGUUUGCUAAUGUGGCGUGGGAAUUUGCCACCCAUCUGAAUCUUCCAUCAAUAUUGUAUUGUGGUCCCAAAGUAUGUAAUUUUUUUAUAACCUUGAGCGACAACUGAUUGAAAUUCCUUCUUGUUUGUUGCAGGAAUUAUCUGCAGAGCUAGAUACUAAAUUGCAGAAGUAUCUUAGAGGAGAGGGUGCAGAUCUUGAGGUAUCCACUUGUGAUUCAGAUUAUUUGCUUUGACAGGGUUGUGCUUGCUAUUUAAUAUUGGUUCUUUCUACGCAGGCUUUAAAAGAUAAAAAGUUGAAAGGCCAGCUUUUUGUUCGAGAAAGCUGCAGUAAAGUUUGAAAAGGUCGGUUUCAAUACUAGUCUAUUACUUCUCUGGUUCAGCUGAUAACAUAGGCAUGUGAUACCCUCCGUUGAUUCCCUAUAUACUUGAAUCAAUAAACUGAUCCACCUGUUACAAGAAAGGAGGAAUGAAGUACAUAUUUUUCUGUUUUGUCUCUAAAGAUAUUUUGGGGUUGGAAUUCCUUACUAAAUUGGAGGUUUGGUAGCGUGGAAUGAUUGCAUUUCCAGAUCAAUACAUCAUAUCAAACAAAGUCCUCAAUGCAUUUCUAAGGAUGAAGCACGAUAUAUUAUGCUGUUCUCUUCUUCUCGUGUCUUUUGAGUUUUGGUGUAUCUGAAACGUUGGUGUCAUGUAAUCAGGGUAACAAUUUAUUUGCCCCUCCAUUUACUCAAUUUGUGUUAUUCAUCUUGCUCAUGUGAAUUUGGUAGAUCGAAUAAUGCAGUUGCUUAUUGAACCAUGUUAAGUUGUUGCUUUUUUCAGUGGCUUAUGCCAAGUGAGGGAGGAUAUCUGGAGGCUGAAGGUGUAGAAAAGACAUGGAGGAUCAAACAAGAUCAGCUUACUCGUGAAGUUGAUAUUUUAAGUUCAAGGAAUCAAUAUGAUAUAGUGUUGAAAGAUCUUGGUCCCUACACUCUGGAUUUUACCCCUAGUGGUCGAUACAUGGCGACUGCUGGACGUAAGGGGCAUGUGGCUAUUGUAGACAUGAAGAGUAUGGAGCUAAUUAGAGAGAUGCAGGUAAAGGAAACAGUUCGAGAUAUUGUGUUUUUGCACAAUGAGACAUUCUUUGCAGUUGCACAGAAAAAGUACCCAUACAUUUAUAACCGGGAUGGAAUCGAGCUUCAUUGUUUAAAGGAACAUGGAGCAGUGUCUAGGCUACAGUUCUUGAAGAACCAUUUCCUCCUAGCAUCAAUAAAUAAAUUUGGACAGCUCCGUUACCAAGAUGUUACCACAGGCGAGAUGAUAGGUAACUUCCGUACGGGGUUGGGACGCACCGAGACGAUGCAGAUCAACCCUUACAAUGGCGUUGUUGCAGUUGGUCACUCUGCUGGCACGGUAAGCAUGUGGAAGCCCACCAGUGCUGCUCCCUUGGUCAAGAUGCUCUGCCAUCACGGCCCUAUUUCAGCACUAGCAUUCCACCCGAAUGGCCAUCUCAUGGCAUCUUGUGGAAGAGAAAAGAAGAUAAAAAUUUGGGACUUGAGGAAAUUCGAAGUGGUUCAAACAAUACCCGGGCACCAUGCUAAGACCUUGGAUUUCAGUCAGAAAGGUUUACUUGCUGCAGGAACUGGAUCAUAUGCUCAGGUUUUAGGUGAUUUCUCAGGAACCCAAAACUACAGCCGGUACAUGGGUCAUUCGAUUGCUAAAGGGUACCAGAUCGGAAAAGUAUCUUUCCGGCCUUAUGAAGAUGUUCUGGUCAUGGGCCACUCUAUGGGAUGGUCAUCUAUCCUCAUUCCGGGUUCAGGUGAACCGAACUUUGAUACCUGGGUUGCAAACCCAUUUGAAACAAGUAAACAGCGGAGAGAGAAGGAGAUCCACUCUCUGCUCGACAAGCUCCCACCUGAGACGAUCAUGUUGGACCCCUCGAAGAUUGGUACAUUGAGACCAUACAAGAAGAGGGAGAAGCCUACAAAGGAGGAGAUAGAGGCAGAGAAAGAGGCUGCUGUUGAAUCGGUCAAAGACAUUGCUUUGAAGAAGAAGACUAAAGGUAGGAAUAAGACGAGCAAGAGGGUGAUGAAGAGAAAGGUGUUGAUCGAUAAAGCCAAGAAACCUUUCCUGGAGAAGCAAAUGCUGGAGGAAGGAAAAGUUGCAGGGAAGAAGCGAAACCUUGGUGAGGAAACUGAACUGCCUGCGUCUCUGAAGAGAUUCGUGCGCAAGAAGGCUGCCGUCUAGUAGCCUAGUAGAUGCUUUCUAUUCAACCUUUCCAGCACCGGGUUUUGCCAUACG